AUGUAUAUUAGUGGAUGGAGAACUCGGGAUCUUGUGGUUGAGGUUAGGAGGGUGAACGACAAGUUGAUGACUAUUAAAUUAGUUGUUGGAGAGUUUAUGUUGAACGUUAUUAGUGCCUACACCCCCCAAGUAGGAUUGGGCAAGGAGGUCGAAAGGCAUUUUUGGGAUGAGCUGGAUGAGGUUGUGCGUGGUAUCCCGCUUAAUGAGAAGCUGUUUAUAGGAGGGGACUUCAAUGGCCACAUCAGGUUGACUUCCCAGGGUUAUGAUGAUGUGCAUGACGGCUUCGAUUUUGGGGUUAGAAAUGGAGGUUGUACUUUGUUGUUGGAUUUUGCAAAGGCUUUUGAUUUGGUGAUAGCUAACUCAGGUUUUCGGAAGAAUGAGGAGAAUUUGGUGACAUUUCAGAACACGGUGGCCCAGACCUAG